UGCAGCAGCACCACAGAGGUUAGCUCAGUUCUCCAGUGUUUAAUGGCAGUUAGUGGACAACAGAUAGAAGCAGGAGAAUCACAGUGAGCUUCUGACACAUGGAAGCCAUGGAGGAGUUCAAACGAGGGAAAUCUGAUACCCUGGACAUACAGUCAGAGGGUGAGGAGAUGACCCCGGUUACCCUGGUAACCACAAUGACCCCUGACACCGAGGUGAACUCUGAGCCUUCCCAGGCAGAGCUGGCUCAGUGUGAGGCGGAGGUCGGAACUCUACUCAGCAUCAUUGCUGAACUCAACAGGAAAAUGGGCGCAUUACAAGCACCAAGUGAUCCAGAUGACCUUAAACCACAGGAGCCAGUCAUCCUCCCUCCGGCUCCAGCCUCCCUGUCCAGCCCCCCUCCAUCCCUCUGCAACCCAGAGAAACACACUGGCACCGCAUCUAAAGCCCCAGUAACCAACAGAGAGGGUAGUGGUGAAGUAUGGUCAGAACUCCAGGGAGUCAUGUCUGUUCUGGAGGGUUCCAUUAACACCAGGAGGGCCUGGGCUGCCUCUCACACUGCCUGUGGCCAGGACGGACAGAUGGAACACCUCACAGCCGCCAGGGACAGCUGGGUACAAGUCACACAGGUCUUAGAGGAGAUGGAGAGAGAGUUUGGGAUCUCGUACCCGUCUGGUCUGCCCCCCGAGGAGCGUCAGCAAUACCAGAAGGACAUCCUGGCACUUCACCAGCGGAACUGUGACCUGCGCAGCAGCCUACAAAGCAGACAGGAAGAACUAGAGGGGGCAAAGGUCACGGUGGGAGACAUAGAGGUUGAGAGGAACAGUCUACAUGAGAAGUUACUGGGCCUCCAUAAGGCGUGGCGAUCAGGCAGCCUCUCUCCUCCCUACAGCUCCUCAGGGAGCUCCAGUGGUGUGGUUCUGAGUCCUGGCUGGGCCUCCCCUGGUUCCCCUGGUUCCCCUUCAUUCCUUGGCUCUCCUCCCUUCCCCGGGUCACCCCUGUUCCUCAGAAGACCCAUCGCCAUGGGGAUCUUCCCGGCCCUCUCUACUGGGGGGGACAUAUCCUCCUCGGCCUCUCCAUCACCUUCCCCCUGGCCUGGGAGUGUCCCACAAGGCAGCCCCUGUCGUAGCCCCAGCCCCAGCGUCAGCCUGGAGGGUGAGACAGACAGACUACAGAGGUGUAUAGAAAGGCUGAAGGCCCGGAACGAGCGUCUGACUGCAGCUCUGGACAAGAGAAAGGGAGAGUCUGAGCUGAUCAGUAUGACGCUCAGCAGACACGAAGCUGACAGCACAGCCCUGCAGAUGGCUCUCCAAUACUGCGAGGAGUGUGAGGAGGCCUACAGUGAGUUACUGUCUGUGUACGAGGGCAGGAGACAGCAGGUCAUACCACACUGGAGACACAUAGCAGGCCCGGUUAUGGAGAGUCAGCAGCCCAACAGUCCCAGGCCGUCCCUUAGGAGUCUAAGAACUGAGGAGUUGUCAACCUCCUUCUCAACACCAGGGGGUGCUGUUGAGACAGAAACAUACAUCCAGACCAGGUUCCAUCUCUAUUAUACAGCCAGGGGGUCCGAGGUAGAGGGGUGCGAGGCGGACAUUCGGGAGCGUAUCGAGCGGUUGAAGCAGGACAGGGCAGCAGUGUGUGUCCCUAAGCCAGGGCCUGGGGGAGAGGGGAAUCUCAGCCCAGAUACAGGCACCCUGGCUGGGCUUAGAGGGACCCGUGGAGGACAAGGGGGCCAGGACACCUCCAACCCCCAGAGCACCAAGAGAGAGAAGGCUGUUCUGCUCUAUGACCUGGUCACUGUCAGGGAGGAGAUGUCGGAGCUGCGAGGUUUAAUCCGUCUGACGGAGAAGGAGCGGAGGUGUCUGGACUGGAGUCUAAUGGCCCAGAAGGCCCAGGAUGCAGCUGGAGCCCUGAUCUCUGAGAGCCUCGCUGAGGAGAUAGAGGACAGGAGGACAGAACAGCAGAGGACUUCUGAGAACGAGGAUAAGCUAAGCAGCGAUGGAGACACCCCUGGGCCUCAAAACCGUGCCAUCCUUCGAGAGCUACAGGCUGUCCUGCAACGGGAGCAGGUGCUGAAGAGGAGAGUGUUGGCGGUGAGGGAGUCUCUGGACUUGGUUCUCUCCGACAGCGCCUCUCGCAGGAGAGGCAACGAUGAGCAGAUGGCUCGGCUCGCACAAGCUCACAGCAAGGCCACAGGGUCGUACCGGAACGCUCGCAGGAAGUACAGGGAGAAGCUGUGGAGGCUGGAGAGUCAGGUGUCAGCAAUGUCAGAUCGUCACAUGACCCAGAUCGGGGCCCUGAAGGCCACGCUGGAGGCCAUGGAGUGCAGGAGGGAGGAGACUGUACUCUGACUGAGCUGAGGUCAGCUUCUGGGGACAUUGGUCCUAACUUCUGGUACAGGGUCAGAUAUUAUAAUCCAAAAUGGUUCGGAUGAAUUUGGGAUUUGAGCGUUAGGAUUAGCCUCGUACUACCAUCCUGAUCUCGCGAGUUUACAUAAAAUAUGUUUUACUACCGCUACUUUACUACACCUACUUUACUACACCUACUUUACUACACCUACUUUACUACACCUACUUUACUACACCUACUUUACUACACCUACUUU